UCCCUACAACAUCAAACAUCAUCAAUCCUGUGGUUUGCCCAAGUCUCAAUGAACAGUCGCCUCGAAGCCGACAUAGGUGUCCACAGUCGGAGCAAGCUUGGGUUAGGCCACGAAUAUUCUCAUCGCCGCCAUGGCGUCUACAGUCGAUCCAGACCUUGUAGAAGCUAUGCUGCACCUUCGCCUUAUAGACGCCUCUGCUGACGACUUCAACAUCGACGAUAUCUUGUUCCAGCAAAGGCCGAGGAAGCGUGUGAAGCAAGACUCCGGAGCCCUGAAAGCUCACCUUGAGCAGAAGUACCUAACGCCCUCCAACAAAUUCUCUGCUGAAUGGCUUAAUCGUCUGCAGCAGCGAUGGGAUUGUCCUGCAGACCUCACUGAGCUCUUCCGAAUCGCGCCCACUCAGACCCGCACCGUCACACGUUUCCUGAGGCAAGGCUUGGAGGGAAGGGUCACCGGCUACAAGAAUGUCACCGUUCCCGCCAAUAGUGCGACUGCCAAGAACUCGACAUCGCUUGCGCGCAAACCUGGAAGCCGAGCUGAUUUUGUGCGAGGGGCCGCUGGAUUCUUCCCCUUUGCUCCCGGUGGGUUAGAGAGUGUUGAAGCCGCGGCUGCUGUCGAAGAACAGAUGUUACGGUCUACUGCCUCUGGUGCCGACAAUCAAAAGAAUAAACUUGAGCGUGUCAUUAAACUGGGUGCUGAGGGCAGUCUCCUCGAAGUAGCCCCUGGCCUUGCUCGAGGUAUUGAUUUCAGUAAGAAGCCGUCUACGGUGAACCAGAAGGAGGCAAAAGCCAUCGAGGCCGAGUUAGAUCAAGAACCAGAGGACAGCCCAGACAAAGACGAGGUCAAUGGCCAUGCAAACACUACCGACGACGUCGAGGAUGAGCUGAGCCAAGAAGAUAACGAGGAUGAAGACAUCGAUGCCUUACUGCCUGUCGAAUUUCCAGCUUUGGAGCCACAUGUUGGCCUAGCUGCGUCGAGCGCAAGGAAGGCUGGCCGGGAAUGGGCUCACAUGGUGGAUAUCAACAGAGAAAUCCCUAACUUUCGGGAAUUGGUGCCCGAUAUGGCAAGAGAGUGGCCCUUCGAACUCGAUACAUUUCAGAAAGAGGCCGUUUAUCACUUGGAGAAUGGCGAUUCUGUCUUUGUGGCCGCUCACACUUCGGCCGGCAAGACUGUCGUAGCUGAAUACGCCAUUGCUUUGGCUGCUCGUCACAUGACCAAGGCAAUUUACACCUCACCCAUCAAGGCCCUCAGCAAUCAAAAGUUCAGGGAUUUCCGAGAGACUUUUGACGAAGUGGGAAUUUUGACUGGUGAUGUCCAAAUCAACCCCGAAGCGAGUUGUCUAAUCAUGACGACGGAAAUUCUGCGUAGCAUGCUCUACAGAGGUGCUGAUUUGAUCCGUGACGUCGAAUUCGUCAUUUUUGAUGAAGUCCAUUAUGUCAACGAUUUUGAGCGAGGUGUCGUGUGGGAAGAAGUCAUCAUCAUGCUGCCCGAGCAUGUCACUCUAAUUCUGCUUUCGGCAACGGUUCCAAACACAUACGAAUUUGCCUCGUGGGUCGGCAGAACCAAACAAAAGGACAUCUACGUCAUCUCUACACCAAAGCGGCCUGUGCCCCUGGAGCAUUAUCUCUGGGCUGGCAAGAACAUCCACAAAAUCGUCGAUCACCAAAAGAAGUUUUUGGAGAAAGGUUGGAAAGAGGCCGACCAGGCUAUUCGCGGUAAAGACAAAGUCCUCCCGGCGCCCGCCGCUGCACGAGGCGGAGGAAACCAGCAGCGUGGCAACCAGAGAGGUGGCGCCGGACGUGGAGGCAAUCAACGUGGUGGUGCACAACGCGGCGGCGGUCAGCAACGAGGUAGAGGGGGUGGUCCUCCUCGCGCCAGCCAUACCCCUGGCCAUAUGGGCCGCGCAGGACGACCGGGUGGUUUCACAUCAGUCGCGCAAGACAAGAACUUGUGGGUUCACCUCGUUCAGUUUCUGAAGAAGCAGAGCCUUCUCCCUGCCUGCAUCUUCGUGUUCUCCAAGAAAAGGUGCGAGGAGAAUGCAGACGCCCUAAGUAAUCAGGAUUUCUGCACGGCCCAUGAAAAGAGUCAUAUCCACAUGAUCAUACAAAAGUCCAUCGCACGAUUGCGUCCAGAAGACAGGGUCUUGCCUCAAAUUAUUCGAAUGCGAGAGCUUCUCAGCCGAGGAAUUGCAGUACAUCACGGUGGUCUAUUGCCUAUCGUCAAAGAAAUCGUUGAGAUCCUCUUUGCUCAAACUUUGGUCAAGGUUCUUUUUGCUACGGAAACAUUCGCUAUGGGCUUGAACCUCCCAACAAGAACCGUUGUCUUUUCAGGCUAUCGAAAACACGAUGGCCAUUCUUUCCGGAACCUACUUCCGGGAGAGUAUACCCAGAUGGCUGGCAGAGCUGGUAGACGUGGACUCGACCCUGUUGGAUCGGUCAUCAUUGUUCCUCCCGGUGGCGGCGAUGAGGCGCCUCCCGUAGUUGACCUUCAGAAGAUGAUCUUAGACCCGCCUAGUAAACUGCGGUCUCAGUUCAGAUUAACCUACAACAUGAUACUGAACCUUCUUCGGGUUGAGGCAUUGAAGAUAGAAGAAAUGAUUAAGCGCAGUUUCUCCGAACAUGCCACCCAACAACUCUUGCCGGAACACGAGAAAGCUGUAAAGCUUUCCGAAGCCGAUCUGGCCAAGGUCAAGCGAGAGACUUGUGCUAUUUGCGAUGUGGCUAUGGAUCAAUGCCACCAGGCGGCUAUGAAUUACAAGCAGCUUACACAAGAGCUAUACAAAGGUCUGAUGGGCAUACCCAUUGGUAAGAAGCUCUUCUCUCAGAAACGAUUGAUCGUCUGGAAUAAAGAAGGCGUACGGACUCCCGGCAUUCUACUUAAUGAGGGAGUCAGCACCAAAGUGUCUGGUGGUCAACCGACAGUUCAUGUAUUCGAAAUCAAGACGGGGCGCGAGACACGAGAUUCGUCGGAUAUACUUCCCUUCGUGAAGGACUUCAGGCCGCUUCUCAAACAGUUACCUCAGCAGAAGAGGAAUAUCGUGGCUAAAACACUUCACGUACCCUUGAGCGAUAUUGAGUGCCUCACGACGACCCUCGUUGAUGGCAUCAUUCCCGACUUCUUUCAGGGUGGCGAGAGUCGAGCCAAAGCGAAGGAUAAAAUGCUGAAUAUUUGUCGGAGCUGGGAUUCGACUAUCUGGGAUGAAGUAAGUUUUAACAAGAUCAAAAGCUUGAACUUGCAGGAAAUCAUUCAGAAACGCCAGCAAGAAGCUACGAAUAUCAUACAGACGGCCACAGUGCAGUGUCCCAAGUUCCUAAAACAUUUCGCCAUGUGUCACGACCAAUGGCUGAUUAAAGAACACAUCUCCUCGUUGCGUCAAGCCCUUUCGGACCAGAACCUUCAGCUCCUUCCUGAUUAUGAACAACGCAUUGAAGUCCUGAAAGAUCUGUCCUUCGUAGACGCAGACACUCGUAUUCAGCUCAAAGGCAAGGUGGCUUGCGAAAUUCACUCAGCCGACGAAUUAGUGCUCACCGAGCUCAUUCUCGACAACGUGCUUGCCGAUUAUGAGCCUGCUGAAAUCGCCGCAUUACUCUCGGCUUUCGUCUUUCAAGAAAAGACUGAGUCCGUACCUAACCUCACGGGCAACCUCGAGCGAGGUAUGAAGACGAUCAUCGAGAUCAGUGAGAAGGUCAACACAGUGCAAACAGAACGGCAAGUCAUACAGAGUGCCGACGACAGCAACGACUUUGUUUCACGUCCGCGGUUUGGGCUUAUGGAGGUUGUAUAUGAAUGGGCGCAGGGUAUGAGUUUCAAGAAUAUCACCGAUCUGACGGAUGUUCUAGAGGGUACCAUUGUGCGGACCAUUACACGACUUGACGAGACCUGUCGCGAAGUCAAAAAUGCGGCAAGAAUCAUCGGUGACCCGGAUCUGUAUCAGAAGAUGCAGACUGCACAGGAGAUGAUAAAGAGAGAUAUCACGGCCGUUGCUAGCUUAUACAUGUGAGGGGAUAUAUCUAGGUUGGCUAAGGCUACAGAUGAUGUGUGCAUUGGGUUGGAGUUUUCUCUCGAGCGUUGUGCUGCAUGCCUCAUUUGCUUAUGGAAUGAUAAAUGAUUGGACGGACUCAUUGUUAUAUUAUAGAAUCAUGGUACCAUGAGCUACUGCAGUUGGAAUCGCGUCAUGUCAAAAUACAUGCAUAAGAUGGUUAUAAGAAAAGACAAGUUUCACCUCUUCCUUUAGAUCUAAGCCUAUGUUGACGUCCCACACUCUAGCCUAAGAAACGUCCUUCAUUUUGAAGUUUCUUCUACUCUUCACCCUUUCCCAUGUAUAGCGUUGUUGGAAGAUGUCUAUACAAAGCUGUCCUUAGCCCUUACCUCAACCAAUUUGUGUCACGAGAAUUACUUGAGCUUAGGGAACCAUGAGAGACAUGAUAUCUCAUAUCGUUUGACAUUUAUG